CUCUUUACUUUGUGAUUACACAUAUCAAUCAAUCUUAGUACCAUGUCCGAACCUAUCAGAAAGAAGCUGGGAGACAUUUCCAAGGCCCCAACCCCACAAAACACUCCAGCCUCUGUGACCAACUCCUACUUGAAGUCUCAACCCCCAACCGUUUCCACCAUCAAUGAAGAAGAUAGCAAUGGAUUGUCUGGACAACUUGCCAACAACCCUGUCUUACUUUCAAUGAUCCAAGGGAAAUUGGGUGAUCUUGUUGGCCAACAAAGUGGAUAUGUUGACUCUUUAGCUAAGCCAGUUAAGAACAGAGUUUAUGGAUUGAAGUCUAUUCAACAAAAGCAAAUGCAAUUGGAAGCUGAAUUUCAAAAGGAAUUAUUGAACUUGGAAAAGCGUUAUUUCAAGAAGUAUGAACCUCUUUACGAAAGAAGAAAGAAGAUCAUUAAUGGUGAUGAAGAACCAACAGUUGAAGAAAUUGAAGAAGGUGAAAUUUUGAAUGAAAAUGAACAUGAAGAUGAUGAAGAACCAAAGAUUUCUGAAGUUAAGGAAGAAGAAGAUGAAGAAGAAGAAGAUGAAGAAGAAUCCGAAAAGGGUAUUCCAGGUUUCUGGUUAACUGCCUUGGAAAACCUUCCAACUGUCACUGAAACUAUAACUGAUAGAGAUUCCGAAGUCUUGCAUUAUCUUAAGGAUAUUAGAAUGGAAUACCUUGAAACUCCAGGUUUUGAAUUGAUCUUUGAAUUCAAUGAAAACCCAUUCUUGACCAAUCAAAUUUUGACCAAGACUUAUCACUACCAAGCUGAAUUAGGAUACUCUGGUGAUUUCGUUUAUGACCAUGCUGAUGGUGUUGAAAUCAAUUGGAAAUCUAAGGAACAAAAUGUCACUAUUACUAUAGAAAGAAGAAAGCAAAGAAAUAAGAACACCAAGCAAACUCGUACUAUUGAAAAGCUUACUCCAACUGAAUCAUUCUUUAACUUUUUCGACCCACCAAAGCCACCAACUAAUGAAGAAGAUGUUAACGAAGACGAUGAAGAAGAUGAAGAUGAAGAAGAUGAAGAUUUGGAAGGUCGUUUAGAAUUAGAUUACCAAUUGGGAGAAGAAAUUAAGGACCGUUUGAUCCCACGUGCCAUUGAUUGGUUCACUGGUGAUGCAGUUGGAUUUGGAUUCCCAGAAGACUUUGAAGAUGAAGAAGAAUACGACAGUGAAGAAGAAGGAAGUGACGAAGAUUCUGAUGCUGAAGAAGAAGCUCCAAAAGAAGAAUGUAAGCAACAAUAGUUUUUUUUUUCGUCCUUCCCCUGAAAACAAUCGUUAGUAGUUUUAGAUGCUAAAUAGUUGAAAGAAUAAAAGAAGAGAGAAUAUGGUA